AUGGGUAUUACUAAGGAAUCAAAAAUCAUUAUUGUGGGAGCUGGAGUUUUCGGACUUUCCACAGCCUACAAUUUGGUCAAUGACGGAUAUAAGAACAUUGAGAUCUUUGAUAAGGACGAUCUUGAAAAAAGUAAAUACAAUCCACUUCAUCACACGGACAGUGCAAGUGCAGACAUCAACAAAUUCUAUCGAAUUUACAACGAUGGAAACAACAAGUACGGGAAGUUGUCUGCCAAGGCUUUGCAGACUUGGUUGAAGUGGGCUGACGACUUGAGAAACCUUUCAGAUCAAGACAAAGCCAAGUUUUGGGACACAGACUAUGAGCUUAUUAGACAUACAACUGGCCUCCGUAUCGGAGACCAAGAAGAAGUGAGUUCCGUGGAAAAACUCAACAUUGCUGGCUUGAAAGAGUUGGGUCUUGACGGAACGCAAUUUGACAUUAGCUCCCCCGAGAGAAGAUUAAGCGCCAAGUUGCUUGGAUUGUCCAAAGGUUUGGAGGUGAUUAAGGACUGGAAAUCAAGAGAUGUCGCUCCAAGGAUUACAGGGUACAUAGAUGGUGUUGGGAGAAUGAUUAAAGCAGAUAAGGCUUGCUACCUCGUGAAACUUUUCCUUGACAAGCAUGAUGUCAUUUUCCACUUUGGUAAGGAAGGAACAUUCAAGUCUUUGGUGAAAGGUAGGUGCUCUAAAAGGGGUGCAAAAGCCGAAGGAAUCAUCACUGCUGAUGGAAAGGAACACAGAUCAGACCUUGUAAUCGCGGCAGCUGGUCCAUGGACAGCAUCCUUGGUUCCAGAAUUGAACCAUCGUAUUCAGGCUUCGUUGGCUAAUAUUGUCUAUUUCAUCAUUCCUAAAAACAGGCAGGAUUUGAUAGAUAAAUACUCUCAGUACCCACAUAUUCAGUGGAAGACCACAUCCAGUGAAUUUGACCAGAUAAAUGGCCAUGCUCCCUUGGAAGGUGGCUUUGCAUUCUUUCCACCAAGCCGUAAAGAGGGUAUUCUCAAGCUCAAUCUUAGACAAAGACGGUAUAGAAACCCCGUCAAAAUUAAUGACCAAUACGUUUCUGUUCCGGUCACGUUUGGUGAUGAUAGACUCCCUAAGUCUGUGAUUGAGGAGGCCAAAAAUACUCUUCUUGCAAUUGCACCGGAUGUUGCUAAAAGCGAAGACCUAAAGAUUGUUUCAAAGUUAUUGUGGUAUACAGAUGCAAUAAACAGUGACUUUGUCCUUGAUUACGUUCCUUCCGUCACUAACCUUUUGGUUGCAACGGGUGGCUCUGCACAUGGCUUCAAGUUUCUUCCAGUUUUGGGUGAAACUAUUGUUGACCGUCUCAAUAAUGUGCAUAAUGAGUACACAAAGCUUUUCCGCUGGAAGAAUCCAAGUGACAUUACCAAGGACAACUACGGGUUGAAAGAUGAUCUUUCCAAGAUCACCAAUACGUUUAAGGAUAUCACUAUAGCUGAAGACGCUGAUUUUGCUUUUUCCCAGAAGGAUUUGGCAAAAAUUGGACAUAUUAAACUCAAUUAA